AUGGGAAAACAAACCAAAUCAUUAGACCAGCCCCGCUCGUCGCCCGGGUCCCGGCCCCGACCCGGGGACCCGCGCCCCCUCGGCGCCCGCGGCGGGCCGCAGCCGGGUCCCGGUAGUGUUUGUAAACAAACCGAUCACGUGGCCCCGGCGGCUCGCUCCCCGCCCCCUGUGCCCGCGGCCCCCCCACCCCGCCCCGGGGCGACCCCCGCGCCGGACCCCACCUCGGCCGCGCAGGCUGGAGGGUGCCGCGCGCGCUCCGAGGGAGCCGGGCCGCCGGGGCCCCGGGGCGAGGUUGGGGGGGGAACGGGGACGGGCGUCCCGCGCCCCAAGCGGGCGCCCCGCGCUGACAGCACGCCCCACGCCCACGCGCGCCACGCUCGCGUCUCACUCACCCGGCAGCCCGCAGCCCCGUCCGGCCCGCGCCGCGCUCGGCUCCGCGGGGAUGCGCAGCAGCGAAGGACCGCCCGGCCGGAUCCCGGGCCCCGGGCGCGCUCUUAA